UCCCACUCCUCUCACCGUUGGAUCGCUUUGCUCACGGCGCUAUCUCUCGAUAAAGUUGUUGUUGCGGCUUCCGCCGCGGGUGGAGGAAGAUGGCGUCGGGUGGUGGUGGCUGUAGCGCUUCGGAGAGACUCCCUCCGCCCUUCCCCGGCCUGGAGCCGGAGUCCGAGGGGGCGGCCGGGGGAUCAGAACCCGAGGCUGGGGACAGCGACACCGAGGGGGAGGACAUUUUCACCGGCGCCGCGGUGGUCAGUAAACACCAGUCUCCAAAGAGAGCUACAUCCCUUCUUCCCAUCAACAAUGGCUCCAAAGAAAAUGGGAUCCAUGAAGAACAAGACCAAGAGCCACAGGAUCUCUUUGCAGAUGCCACGGUGGAGCUAUCCUUGGACAGCACACAAAAUAAUCAGAAGAAGAUGCCAGCCAAAACACUCAUUUCUCUUCCUCCGCAGGAAGCCACAAAUUCUUCAAAGCCCCAGCCAACCUAUGAGGAGCUAGAGGAAGAAGAACAGGAGGAUCAAUUUGAUUUGACAGUCGGUAUAACUGAUCCUGAGAAAAUAGGGGAUGGUAUGAAUGCAUAUGUAGCCUACAAAGUUACAACACAGACGAGCUUACCAUUGUUCAGAAGCAAACAGUUUGCAGUAAAAAGAAGAUUUAGUGACUUUCUGGGUCUUUAUGAGAAGCUUUCCGAGAAGCACUCUCAGAAUGGCUUCAUUGUCCCUCCUCCACCGGAGAAGAGCCUCAUAGGGAUGACAAAAGUGAAAGUUGGGAAGGAAGAUUCUUCUUCUGCAGAAUUUCUUGAAAAACGGAGAGCUGCUUUAGAAAGGUACCUUCAGAGGAUUGUAAAUCAUCCUACCAUGUUACAGGACCCUGAUGUCAGAGAGUUCUUGGAAAAAGAAGAGCUGCCACGUGCCGUGGGUACCCAGACAUUGAGUGGUGCUGGUCUCCUCAAGAUGUUCAACAAAGCCACAGAUGCCGUCAGCAAAAUGACCAUCAAGAUGAAUGAAUCAGACAUUUGGUUUGAGGAGAAGCUCCAGGAGGUAGAGUGUGAGGAGCAGCGCUUACGGAAACUGCAUGCUGUUGUAGAAACUCUAGUCAACCAUAGGAAAGAGCUAGCGCUGAACACAGCCCAGUUUGCAAAGAGUCUAGCCAUGCUUGGGAGCUCUGAGGACAACACGGCAUUGUCACGGGCACUCUCCCAGCUGGCUGAGGUGGAAGAAAAAAUUGAGCAGCUCCACCAGGAACAGGCCAACAAUGACUUCUUCCUUCUUGCUGAGCUUCUGAGUGACUACAUUCGCCUCCUGGCCAUAGUCCGAGCUGCCUUUGACCAGCGCAUGAAGACAUGGCAGCGCUGGCAGGAUGCCCAAGCCACACUGCAGAAGAAGCGGGAGGCCGAGGCUCGGCUGCUGUGGGCCAACAAGCCUGAUAAGCUGCAGCAGGCCAAGGACGAGAUCCUCGAGUGGGAGUCUCGGGUGACUCAAUAUGAAAGGGACUUCGAGAGGAUUUCAACAGUGGUCCGAAAAGAAGUGAUACGGUUUGAGAAAGAGAAAUCCAAGGACUUCAAGAACCACGUGAUCAAGUACCUUGAGACACUCCUUUACUCACAGCAGCAGGCUGGGGAGCAGUUGGGAAUCAGGUCUGGAAUACUCCUAACCAAGAAGUUGCCCAGGUAUAGUAAGUUUUUCUCUACCGUUCACAAGUUUUUUGCUGCUGCUUCCCUCUGGAAAUGGCGUUUCUUUCUCUCUGCCUACCUCAGCUACCUGUUCUGAGGGUCUCAAUCUGUUUCGUAUUCCCACUUCUUUAGGGAAGGAGUUUUAAAAACAUCUCUUAAAAUAAGAGGAGCAAUAUCUAUCAAAACCUAUUCUCCUGCAAUGGAGGCGGAGACUUUCUCUCUCUCUCUUUUUUUUUUUUUUUUUUUGGUAUCCCUAUCAUUAAGCAAGAGCCUUUCUCUUUUAUUCUUCCUGCUUCCCUAAGCUGCUCAGGGUUCUCUGAGUCUUGCCUUCUGAUGGCAAGUCUUAUAUAUAACUAAACCUAUUUUUGUCACCCAUCAAAACACAUCCUCAGUAGACUGUGUGAAGGUGUGAAGGUCUGAUAAGGACUUGAUGCUUUAUCUCCAUAGACAUGAAAGCCAUGCCCUCUGCCUCUAGAUAGGGUGAUCCAAGAGCUCCUGAACCUUAGGAGGUUCAAAGAAGCUCUACUGUCUGUGCCCAGGAGGCAGCCUGCCAGCAAGAGCCCCCAGGAGUUGCACACACAGCCAAAGGGUGUUCACAUAGAUCUCUGCCGGUCUAGCCAGGGGAGGCCAGAGUCUCAGGUCGGUCAAGGCUGGGCUUCCCCCUUAGCUGUGUCCACAGCUGCUCAAGCUGUACUGGUCGGAGUGGGCUUUGAAGCUUCUUUGUGAGCUCGAGCUGCUGACUGCCACUAUGGGAGCCUUGCCACCUCCAGCCCCUCCAUCCCAAAGACGCUCCCGCCACUGGGGCCCCAGGUCCUACUGUAUCAGUUCUCUUUGGUGGGGGGCUAAGGUUUGGGGCGAGGCAACCUGAGGCAAGAGAACGCAGUAAAUAUUCUGAUUCCCUGUACACAGACGCAGCACCAAGGGAAGGGCCAGUGGUGCAAGUAUUUCUUUUUAACAGGUGAAGUUUUUGGAAAAAGUCACUCUCCCUACCCCUCAGUAUCCUUAUCAUCAACUUUGGUUUUAUCCUUCCAGUCUUUAUUAUAUGCUUGCUUUUACAUAGUUGUAAUAAUAUACACAUAAAAUAUUUUGUAUCCUGCUUUUAUCAUUCAACAUUGUACAUGUUAUAAACAUUUUCCUAUAUUGUUAUAUAUCUUCACAAAGUUGAUUUGUAAAGCUGUGUAAUUUGAAGGCUUCCAUAGGGUGACUGUACCAUAAUUUUGAUUCAUCCCUUGUUGGAUUCUUGGUCAGGGGUUGUUUGUUUUGUUUUGUUGGUAACUUUAAAAUUUUGAAUACAAUUUCAGAUUUACAGAAAAGUUGCAGGACUAUCACAAAGAACUCCUAUAUAUCUUUUAUCCAGAUUGACUGAGUGUUUACAUUUUAUCCCAUUUGCCUUAUUUAUAUUUCAUGUUGUAUUUUCUUAAUCAUUUGAGAGUAAUUUGCACAGAUACCCCAUUAUGCCCAAAACAGUAUGCAUUUCCCUAAGAACAGGACAUUCUCUUCUAAGAGAAGAAGAGAAUUAUUUUAAGCAUUAUUCAGGGUUUUUUUAAGUAUUAUUAUCAAAAUCAGGAAGUUUAACAGUGAUUUAAUACUGUUAUCUAACCCAUGAUUCAUAUUUAAAUUUUGCCAUUUAUCCCAAUAAUGUCCUAUAAGCCAUUCUUUUUCCUUGUGCAGUAUCGUGUGUUACAUUUGUAAAUGUGUGUCUCUCAAUACUGCAGAUUCCUCAGCUUUCUUUUGUCUUUCAUUACCAUGACAUUUUUGAAGAAUACAGGCUAUUUUGUCGAAUGUUCCUCAGUUUGGAUUUGUGUGAUGGUUCCGCAUGACUAGGUGAGGGUUUUGCAUUCUGGGUGGGAAUAUCACAGAAGCAGUGUGUCGUCAGUGCAUCGUAAUCAGCGUAUAAUGUCAGUUGGUCCCAUUAAUGUUGUUAACUCUGUUCACCGCUUAGGUUGGUGUCUGCCAGAUUUCAUUUUAAAUUUACGAUUUCCCCUUUGUAAUUUACAAGUAAUUUGUGGGGAGAUACUUUGAGACUAAGUAUUUUGUUCCUCAUUCACUAGUUAUAUAGUACCAGUUGAUUAGUCUUGUCUGAGUUAUUACUGUCAUGAUUGACCAACAUGAUUUCCUAACUCCAUAAUGCCUUCUACAUUUAUUGGUUGACAUUCUACAUAGAAAGAAAAACAUCCUUUCUCACCAUUUAUUUAUUCACUUGUUUAUCAAUAUGGAUGCAGGGAUUCCUAUUUUACUCAGAGUUGCAAGCCAUUGCUUUGAUUUUAUCUUGAUUCUCAAAUUGUCCCAGAUUUAUAGCAGCCUCUCAUGUGUUUGUAGCUUGCCCCCAGCAGGUUUUGAGUACUUUCUUACCUUCUGGCAUAACAAGAUGUUCCAGGCUCGUCUUGAAUGUUCCCUGCCCUAGCCCUGGAAUCAGCCAUUUCUCCAGGGAGUCUUGGUUCCUUAUAAUGGAGAAUGGUAUUUAUUUAUUUUUAUUUGAUUUGAUUAUUAUUACUAUUUUUGAGACAGAGUCUCGCUCUUGUCGCCCAGGCUGGAUUGCAAUGGCACAAUCUCAGCUCACUGCAACCUCCACCUACCGGGUUCAAGCAAUUCUCCUGCCUCAGCCUGCCAAGUAGCUGGGAUUACAGGUGCCUGCCCCCACACCUGGCUAAUUUUUGCAUUUUUGGUAGAAAUGGAGGUUUUACCAUGUUGGCGAGGCUGGUCUCGAACUCCUGACCUCAGGUGAUCUGCCCACCUGAGCCUCCCAAAGUGCUGGGAUUACAGGUGUGAGCCACCGUACCCAGCCAGAGAAUGUUAUUUAGAAACCAAGAUCUGGGUGCCAAAUGUACUUCUUGUUACUGGAAUGUCAUUGCCUCUAGGCUCUCACCAUACAGUGCAAAGAUAUAUAGAUAGAUAGAUUUAUAGAAACAAGAUAGGGUAGAGAUACCUGACAUAAAUAGAUACUAAAAAUCAUGAAUUCACACUGAUGCUUUGAGACCAGCCCUGUAGGUUUAUUCCAGUCUGCCCCCUUUUCCAUGUUGUUAACUCUUUCCUCCAGAGAGACAAAGAUUUCAGGUUGCUUUGUUAAGUUCCAUCUAAUGAUCAUUCUGACAUAAGUCUGUUUUUCUUAUUUCCUUGGAAUGACAUCUCCUCUGGUUUCAGAACUUCCUCCUCUGCUUCCUGUAUCCUGAGGCUGGCGGGGCCAGUUGUCUUUAGGGCUUGUGUAUUUUUGUAAAGAGCUUGCACGUGUGGAAAUCAAGUAGGCCAGUAGUGGGUUAGGGGUACUGAGCCAGAAGCCUCUACAAGGAAUAACAGGAGCACAAAGGAAGAAGGUGGUAUUCCAGCUGGGGACCCAGGAGGGAGAACUUUGUGGAGAACCUGAUGCUUGAACUGAGUCUAAAAGGUGUAAAAGUGUUUGUUGCUUCUGCCUCCCUGUCUGUCUGGCAGUGUGAGGUAGGCGCAUCUAGGGGAAUGUCAAGUGGCUUUGGUGUGGGGUAAAGUCAGUGAGGCCCAUGGAGAAAAACGAGCAGGAGCCACAUCACAUGGGUGCCUGAUAGGACCUGGGAGGCACUUUCCACAUUUCUGUUGUCGCUUCGUGAUCUGGACACACCAGAAGGCGUGAGACUGGAGGCAGGAAGAGCAGCCAGGCUCAUCCUUACCCUCAGGAGAGCUGAAAAGGGCAGGUAUGGUGGGGCCAGAUCUCAGGAGAGUUUCGGAACCACUGAGAUCGGUCCUUGAUUUGAUGAGAGGCCUGAGGGGAGAGGGAGGUAGCUAGCAUGCCCCGCAGGCUUCUGGCCCAGACACUGGGCAGACAGUGAAGCCCUUUGUAACACAUGAGGCAAUAGGUUUGGGGCAGAUGGGAGGGGAAGCAGUGGUGGGGGCAGUGAGUGCUGAAGGUGUUUUAAGAAGCGGCUCUGGGCCAGGCACAGUGGCUUACACCUGUAUUCCUAGCAUUUUGGGAAGCCGAGGUGGGAGGAUCACUUGAGCCCAAGAAUUUGAGACCAGCCUGGGGAAUAUAGUGAGACCCUGUCCCUACAAAAAUAAAAACAACUAGCUGGGUGUGUGGUGGUGCAUGCCUGUAGCCCCAGCUACGCGGGAACAUCACCUGAGCCCAGGAGGUUGAGGUUGCAGUGAGCUCCAAUUGCGCCACUGCACUCCAGCCUAGGUGACAGAGCAAGAUCUUGUCUCAAAAAAAAAAAAGCAGCUCUGGAUGGGAAGGGAGGCCAGGUGCUUUAAGUAGGGGAGACAGAGUUAAAGGAGGCUUUGUUUUACUUAAAGGUGGGACAAACUUAAGCAUGUUAAUAAAAAUCAGAGAAGAGAAAGAGAAUGACUAUCAGAGCUAUGUUUGGAAGAAAAUGGGGUCCAGAGCUCAGGAAGGGGACCUGUGUUCAGAGAGUGCCUCACUGCUGAGGCCACAGGAAAGAAUCUGUAGGUGGAGGGGAGGCCGAAGAGGGGAAGUUUCAUGCUUGAUAAUUAAAAUUUUCUGAGAUAGGAAUGUCAUAUUUCCCUAUUUAAGCCAAGUUUUUUUAGAUAAAAGGUAUGGAACCUGCUUUCCCCUUGGCUAGUUCAGCGUUUGGGCUCUGGAGUGCUGAAGAUGAGGACUGGACUUCGAGCUGGUGUGAUCCCAGUAUUCAGUGUCAGUACUCAGUGACAAAAUAAAUGAGAGAAACGGGAAUAAGAAUUGUCGCUUACACAAAAAUACUAGCAACUGUUAACUCUUCCCAGAAGAUUUUCAUUCUGAAUGCUCCUGUAGCUGGGAACCCUAAAAAAAAAAAAAAAAAAAAAAAAAGUUUUUGAAGCAACUCACGUUUUAAAAAAGGAGAGGAACUCCUGGAAAUCUCAGGAUGGGGCCAAGAUGUGGCUGGAGAGUGUGUGGUGAUGGAGGGCGUGUCCUUUGCCGAGCACACUCAGGGCCCACAGGAAGCCCAUAGACUUAAAGGACAUCAAGCCCCAAGGUGGUGGGAUUUUCUCCACCAGUACUUGGCAGCCUGGGGGGAAGGGGAGGGCGGGAGAAGAUAAUGGGGAUCCCUGGCUUCAAACAUAGGAGGACACAUCUGUGCUACAGUGCGCACAUGCCUGGAUGUACACUCUGUCUUUGGAGACACUGGCUAAGAGUCUCUGCUCCAUGUUUGGACAGGGUCAUGCCUGAUCUGAGAUAAAUGGGCAAGAACAACUGAAGCCUGUCUUCUGGUGCAUGUGUCACCUGCUGAUACUGCAUCUUGUGAUAAAGUUGGGUGAUUUACAGUCUCUACCAAAUGGUAAACUCUGGGGUCUUAUGCCUUUAUAACUCCAUGGGCCCCAGCAAAGGUUCAGGCUCAAAACAGGUGUCAAAUAGUUAACUGUUGAAUGAUUGUUGCCCAGUUGCAGGCCCUGCCACCUGGCAUUCAUACUGUCUGUGAAAGGACCCAGCUCACCUUUCCCUCUUUAUCUCCCAGUCCUUCCCAACAGUGCCGACACCUCAUGGAAACUGCAAAUGUGCUAAUUCUCACUUCUUUGUGGCCCGAGGAGGCUGGGUUAAUGCUGGGCUUGGUACCUUAAGCACCCUUUCUCCCUUCCCCGUCUUCAGUCUCAGAAUUACACCUGUCUGAAGCAGGCAUUUUCCAAUGCCCUAGAUGGGAAUAUAAGUGUAAGGAGAUGUGGAGCAUUUGCCUGUGUGUCAGAACAUUCACUGAGGAUCCUCACAGGCACUUCUAGAAACCAAGUCCUUGAAGAUGACUAACCAGAAAUGCCCGUCAUAGCACUGUUUACAGUUGCAAAAACUGAAGCCAAUUGAAAUGUCCAUCAGGAGGGGAUUAAAUGAAUUAUGGUACAGUUACACCAUUGAAUAUUUUACAGCCAUUGAAGAUGAUAUAUAGCUAUAUUCAUUGACAAGGAAAACUCAUAUUUUUGAGUGAAAAAAGCAGGUUAUAGAAUUGCAUGAUAGUCACAUUUAUAUAAAACUUUAUAUAUGGGAAGGAUGUUGAUUGAAUUGUUAAUAACUAUGGUCACCUCUAGAGAUGGAAGUUUGCAUUACCUUUAAUUUUUAAUACCAUUUUGUAUUGCUUAAAAUUUCUAUGUAUUAUCGUUAAAAUAAGAAAAAUCAAAUAAAGCUAUUUUCAUUAUGGGAAA